AUGGAGACAGCCUUUGAAGUAACUGCGCUGCGCUCCAGACUUUCCCGCAAGCAUCGCAGAUAUGAUGUCGCUGAGCUGCCAUGGGCUCUCGUACGAUCAGCACUUGUUCAACAGCUGAGCCUGACUGAAGAGGUACUGGGAAAAGUUGAUGCCGAAGUAGACCCCGAGGAGUUGGAAGAGUACUUCGUUAUCGAGCGAGACUCUGGUGAACCAGACGGCCAAGGACGUCUUACCUACCAAGCGGAGCUCCGCGAGAUCUCCCCGGAGCUUGACGAGCAGCUUACGGCAUUUCUCAAAGCGAUUAGAAAGUCGAAACCCGAAGUAGUAGCUGACAAGCGGAAGCGAGUGGAAAGUUGUAAAGCUGCGAUUACCCAGGCGUUAAUGACAAAACUUGGACAAUAUCCUACAUCAAUCGAGGAAGACAAGGAGCUCUUAAAAAAGCAAGACUUGGCGAAGAGGCACCGCAUGGCUAUAGAAGUCAGGCUAGGGGAGAAGACAUUGCUGCAAGAAGCUGUUGUGUUGAUGCAAGGAAGUGGCACAACCAGCGAGGAGGCGAAUGGUGAAAGAGCAACCAAAAGAACAAGGACAAGUGCAUGA